CCACUUGUGAUUGAGGUGUAUGUCGACACAUCCCAUCUGACGCAGAGUCAGACAUUGAUCAUUGUGGAUGAGUUUGGGAAACGUUGGGACGUAGCACAUGCCCUUGGGUCCUCGGCCGAUUCCAGUCCACGUACGAACAGAAAUGGCGGAAGGCUUUGCGAAGUUAUCCUGGAACGAUGGACAGUGGAGCUCGGCGACUUGGCAAACCAUACCACAUCAGAACUGAAUGAUGCGCUCCCGAACGUGUAUAAAAAAGGUGUCGUGCUUUUCAGGUCUCUGUAUAGCUUCGCACGUCUGCUGCCAGCAUGGAAGUUUUAUCGCAAGCUUACCAGGCAGCCGGGCAGCCACCAAGCCUUGAGACUGAGGUUCAGAAUUAAGCAGGGCCAUGACCUGUCGUAUGCUCAGCCGGACUCUUUGUACUCGCCACUGUGUCGGGCUGAGCACGACUCUGAUGCCACUGUCGAACGCUAUCGAGUCCCUCCGCUACUCUGCCGGUCAGGACCACUCGCCGUCUCUGUCGAAUACCGCACGAACUGCGAAUUCAAUGUUGCUGACUCCGAAGCACUGCUGAGUUCUCGCUUCCUGGGCCUGGACGAA